CUGCAUUGUAGAGCGUGAGAGCGAGCUAGCAAGAGAAGCGCCUAAGCCGAAAAAAAGUUAUCUGCUUCCCCCUUAGAAUUAAAUAUUGUUAUCAAUAAAAUAUUGCACAUUUCGCGAGUUGUGUCAUUUUAUCUUGCACACGCAUACAAACAUCCAUACAAACGAACGCGCAAAUCGUGUGAAAAUCUGCACAGACAACAACAGUUUUUUGUGCGCAUCAAACAAGUGCGUACUCUGAGUACUCAGCAGACUCUGCAAUCAUUGUUGCACGGCAACACAGCAACAACAACAACAGAUAUCAAUUGUAUGUAAAACGGAAGUUGUUGUCGUAGUCAGCAGAGAGAGCGAGCGAGUGAGAGAGAGUGAGUGUCGCGGAAGAGGCGGCAGGGCAGUACAUUUUUAUUUAUCGCCACACACCGAAAGAACGAAAGCAACAAUUUUUGACGACAACCUAAAAAAAGUAAAAUACGAAAAAGAGGAACGCACGCUUGCACCUUUUUUGCUACCUGAGCGGAGAAAUUCAGAGAGAAACAGAGAGAGCUCAGGCGAGAGAGACGCACACAUACAGCUACAGUAGUUGUUUGUUGGCACAAAGGUUAUCAUCAAUAACAAAGAACAGUACACGACGUACAACAAAUAACACCAGCAACAAAAGCUUUCUGCAAGAACUGCAACUGCAACCCAAAAGCAAUCGUCGAACAACGCCUAAAACUAGUGACUUUUUUUGUGAGAGCGACAGAGAGAAGAGAGAGAACGUUGUCGCGUUUUAAAUAAACAUUUGCACAACAACAGCAGCAACAAUAACAACAACUGAACCACCUCGUCGCCCGCCUACGAUUCUAACUACCUGCGCCUGUUUUUAAAAUAUACCCGCAACACACACACACUCACACACGCAUACACUGUCUCUCACAGACACAAACGCACUCACACGCACACAUACACGUACAUAUAUAAAGCGUCGCCCACAAAAUGCGUGAAUACAAAAUCGUUGUAUUGGGCAGCGGCGGCGUCGGCAAAUCGGCGCUAACUGUGCAAUUUGUGCAAUGCAUUUUCGUGGAGAAAUACGAUCCAACCAUAGAGGACAGCUAUCGCAAACAGGUGGAAGUGGACGGUCAGCAGUGUAUGCUUGAAAUUUUGGAUACCGCCGGCACGGAACAGUUUACAGCGAUGCGAGAUCUCUAUAUGAAGAAUGGACAGGGAUUUGUUCUCGUUUAUUCAAUAACGGCGCAAUCAACAUUCAAUGAUCUGCAGGAUCUGCGAGAGCAAAUAUUGCGCGUUAAGGAUACGGAUGAUGUGCCCAUGGUGCUGGUCGGCAACAAAUGCGAUCUCGAGGAGGAGCGCGUCGUUGGCAAGGAUUUGGGCAAGAGUUUGGCCAAUCAAUUCAAUUGCGCCUUCAUGGAGACCUCAGCCAAAGCCAAAGUGAAUGUUAAUGAUAUUUUCUACGAUUUGGUCCGGCAGAUCAAUAAGAAGUCACCCGAAAAGAAACAAAAGAAACCGAAAAAGUCCCUAUGUGUUCUGCUAUAAGACUUCCAAAUAAUACAAAAAAAAAAAACAUUAAUAAAAAAGAAAAGAAUAGAAAACAAAAGAUGAGUAAAAAAAAGAAAAACAAGUAACAUGUAAUGAGUAAAAAAUGGUAACAAAGCAUACACAGACAGCCUCCCUCCCUUUCCAGGAAAUAAGAUUGAAAGAUUGUCGGAAAAUUUGCAAUAACCAAGAAAAUGAUUAACAAAUUUUACAAAAGAUUAUAAAUAGCAAAGAACGGAUGAAAAAUAUUUAAUUAACAAUGACAAUGUUUUUAACUGUGCAAAGUUUUUGUAAUUAUUACUACAUACGAUUACUACUACUACUACUAUUAUUAUUAUUAGUACUAUGCUAUUUUUUGCUGAUUAACAAUUAAUUAAUAUACAAUUAUAUUUGUCGUUCGUUUUUGAGCCGUUUUUUAAAAAACAAAAUCUUUGCAAUACACGCAACAAACAAAAAAUGAUGGAAACAUUCGUAAACUAAACAACAAAACAUUCGUAUUUAUUUUUUUCUUUCAAAUUCUUUUUGAUUAUAUACAACAUAUACACACACACACAUUACACACAACAAAUACAUAUUAUACACAAAAUAAUUAUACAAUUUAUCUUCAUAGAAAAACCAUAAAUACAUUACAAAAAAUAAUAAUAAAAACAAUUGUCGUUGCUCUUCAAACAAAA